AGUAGUGGUCCCGGUAGUAGGGGUGGACUGGAACUCUGGAGUCUGGAAGGAAGUAGUAGUGGCCACUGGUGACAAGCAGCAGCCAAAAGUAGUCUGUGUCUGUCUCUCUGAAAUCUCUUCUCAUCGCAACACCAACACCAAAGCCCCAACUAUCCCAUCUUCGUCUUUCUGCUGCUCUUCAUCUACUACCUCCUCCCUCUCCCUCUCUGUCUCUAACAGAUUAAUGUAAACACCUAAACGCUCAGAAGUUCGGCUUCAAAUCCGCUGCAAACACCCACAAAUCCCCUAGAUGGCUUUGUUUCGCUUCUUCCCCUUGUUUUUGCUCUGCAUUUCCUCAUUUCUGUGCUUCUGUUUCGCCGAUGAUCCCUUCGUCUUUUACGACUGGGAGGUCUCUUACAUCACGGCUGCACCUUUGGGUGUCAAACAACAGGUAAUAGCGAUUAACAGCAAGUUCCCGGGUCCUAUUGUUAAUGUGACUACGAAUAACAACGUCGUAGUCAAUGUUCUCAACAGUCUGGAUGAAGAUCUCCUCAUUACUUGGGACGGCAUCCAGCAUCGUCGUAAUUCUUGGCAAGAUGGCGUUCUGGGCACCAAUUGUCCUAUCCCUGUAGAUUAUAACUGGACUUACCAGUUUCAAGUCAAGGAUCAGAUUGGGAGUUUCUUCUACUUCCCUUCGCUCCAUUUCCAGAGAGCGGCGGGUGGUUAUGGAGGCAUCAUUAUAAACAACCGGCCUAUCAUCCCUGUGCCUUUUGGGACCCCGGAUGGAGAUUUCACCAUUCUCAUUGGUGACUGGUACACCCAAAACCAUACGGAUCUGAGAAAAGCCCUUGAUGCCAGUAAAGACCUUGGGAUGCCAGACGGAGUUCUCAUAAACGGGAAGGGCCCUUACAGAUAUAACACCACUCUCGUCCCAGAUGGCAUUGAUUUUGAAACUUUUAAUGUCCAACCAGGAAAAACUUACCGUAUUCGUGUACAUAAUGUUGGAAUAUCAACUACUUUGAACUUCAGGAUCCAGAACCAUAACCUGCUUCUUGUAGAGACAGAGGGAUCAUACACAGUGCAGCAAAAUUAUACUAGCCUAGAUAUUGCUGUUGGACAAUCUUAUUCAUUUUUGGUUACCAUGGAUCAGAAUGCAAGCACAGAUUACUAUGUUGUAGCAAGUGCUAGGUUUGUGAAUGAAUCUCUUUGGAAAAGAGUCACAGGUGUUGCAAUCCUACAUUAUUCCAAUUCCAAGGGAAAAGCAUCUGGCCCUCUUCCGGAUCCACCAAAUGACUUUUAUGACAAAACAUUCUCAAUGAACCAGGCAAGAUCAAUCAGGUGGAAUGUGUCUGCUAGUGGUGCUCGCCCUAAUCCACAGGGAUCUUUUAGAUAUGGCUCUAUCAAUGUGACCGAUAUUUAUGUACUGAAGAACAAGCCGCCAGUAACCAUUGAUGGCAAACGAAGAACCACUCUUAGUGGGAUUUCAUAUGUCAAUCCAUCUACACCAAUCAGGCUUGCUGACCAGUACAAUGUGAAGGGGGUAUACAAGCUUGAUUUCCCCAAUGAGCCACUUACUGGGGCACCCAGAAUGUCAACAUCUGUUAUUAAUGGUACUUACAGGGGUUUUAUGGAAAUCAUCUUACAAAAUAAUCACACAACAGUCCAAAGCUAUCACAUGGAUGGAUAUGCAUUUUUUGUGGUUGGGAUGGAUUUUGGAGAAUGGACAGAAAACAGCAGGGGUACAUAUAAUAAAUGGGAUGGAAUUGCUCGCAGCACGAUACAGGUAUACCCUGGGGCAUGGACAGCAAUUUUGGUCUCCCUUGAUAAUGUUGGUGUCUGGAACCUCAGAACAGAAAAUCUUGACUCAUGGCAUCUAGGUCAAGAAACGUAUGUAAGGAUUGUCAAUCCAGAGGCCAACAAUAAAACUGAGUUACCAAUACCAGACAAUGCCCUUUAUUGUGGUGAACUCCAAUCUUUGCAAAAGCCACAACAACGCCACCACAAGAAGAACGCUGCAUCAUCAAUCACAGGUGGAAGAUGGAAUCUGUUGUACACUCUGCAAAUGACUCUCUUAUCUGCUUUUUUGAUUUUCCACUAAUCAUUCAUUCUGAUUGGAUAACUCAAAAAUAUUUAUUGACUGGGUGGUGGUUAGUGAUGUGGUUGUCUUUUUCCUGUUGUAAGUCUGAGAAUGCUUGUUUGAGAGACAUCUUCCAGUUGUUAGUGCUUAGGUGAGCAAAAACAAGUCUGUUAUAUAUGAAUUUUCCUAGUGAUUUUAGACGUUUUUCUUGUGUCCUGGGAUUCUACUACUCCCAUACCCUUGUAAUUCGGGUUAUUGGGGGGAUAGGAAUUUAUCAUUCUUUUCGAAUUGUAAUUUAUGUACUGGUGAUUCACUACUACCCAUUUCCAAUACCAUUUGACACCCUAUACCCAAGUUAAUGUGUUUUUGUAGUAAAGUUUCUAUGAAUGCAAUCAAAGAAAAAAAUAUUGCGGA